AUGCCGGAAAUAGACAAAUUUAGUGGCUCUAGUAGUAUAGAGGGAGUCAUAAAAGUGAAAUAUGAUUAUGAGCGAGAAAAAGAGAAGUUAGGUUUUGAGCAAAACAAAGGAAUUAAGAUAAAGGCUUCGGAAUAUGAGAUAAUCGACACCGAAAAGAGUAGUGGUAUAUACAGUUUAGACAAAGAAGGAAUAGUAGAUGGAACCAAAGAAGGAAUUAAAGCAAUAGGUACAAAAAGAGUACUCAUUAUACCUAACAAGAAAGAGUGGGAAAGCGAUGUUAGUUUUGCUAUAUUGGCACUGAAAAUUGGAGAUAAUAUCUGUCACCGAGUAGAUUUAGUAAGAAUAGAAGAAGGCUACGAUAAUGAUAAUUUAAAAGAAGCUGUCUCAAAAGGAUUUGAAGAAGAAUUUGUAAUAGGAUGA